AUGCUUGAUGUAGCCACCUUGGGCGACCAGCAUGGGUACAGGCUAGUCGCUGGGAGCAGCCCGCACCGGACCUGGUCAGCCUGGAAGGCCGUGCUGUCCGUGCUCGCACUCUUGCUUGCCUCGGUCUUCGUUGCGGACCGGGUUCGGCGUGACCUCGUGGGAGCGAGCCCGACCACGAGGGCCGCCUCCUCCGCGGCCGAGCUGCAGCGCCGAGGGUGGCUCGACGCCAUCGGCGCGCAGGAGCAGCGCAGCUCCACGGCCGACCCCGCCGCGGCCGAAGUGGCUGAGGUGCUGCUCCUGAACGGCUCACGGGAGAAUGUCAGCGCACUUCCUGAAUUUGGCGACCUCACCCCGGGCACCGAGGACACCGCAGCCGCCGCCGUGCUCAACGGCACGUCGGAAUCGGCGCCCGCUUCCGAGAACGCGAGCAACAUUUCGGAUUCCGAGGGAGGAGGCGCCGCCGUCGCCAGGGACCCGAGCGCCGAGCCCGUCAAGGCCGUGCCCACGCGGCUCCUGCCCGUGAGCAUCGACUCCUGGGUCAGCGACGCGUUCCCCUCGGACCUCGACGACUGGUUCAAGCAUUGGGUACCUUCAUUCUGGGGUGCUUCACUCUCCGACACCUUCCAGUGCUCUGACCCCUACCCGACGGUGUAUUUCAACAAUGCCAAGGACGCUUCCUGGGCGCUGUUUCACAACGAGGCGGUCGACUUUCCGAUGGCGACGGAGUACUUGAAUUCAUCGGAGAGUGGGCGCCGCCCGUGGGCUCCAGGCAGGCCGUCCUGGGCUUUGCGGAGAUGCAGGGUCCAUACUACGAAUACCUCGCAGAAGACCUGGAUACGGAUUGGCCAUACCUUGUGGUGUCGAUCAACGCCUACAACUACACAGAGGCCCUGA